AUGAAAGAAUCCGAUCUAUACAAACGUUACAUUCAAAAGACAACCGAAAAUCUUCAGGAAUUUGGGUCUAUGUUGUCAAAAAAUUCUGUUCCUUUUUGGUCACCCCGCUACAUGGGGCAUAUGAACAUGGAUACAACGCUACCCUCAAUUAUUGGUUAUGUGACAACAAUGCUUUUUAAUCCAAAUAAUGUCGCUGUAGAAGCAAGCCCUUUCACGACUUUGGAAGAACAAAAUGUUGGGAGAGAUUUAUCUAAAAUGCUCGGAUACAACACUAAACUCACCCAGGAACCUGUCGCGUGGGGCCAUAUAACGUGUGAUGGUUCUGUCGCAAAUUUAGAGUCAGUAUGGUACACACAUCAAUGUUACUCGUUUUUCAAUGAGAAAUCUCGUAAUCUCAAAUUUUAUCCUCUGUCACUUCACUUGGCCAUUCGACCUUCUGCCCCCCUAAACCAUAUUGCAGAAAAAUUUCAUAUUGAACUUUGUAAUGGAAAACAGAAGUUAUUUAAGGAUUGUAAUACAUGGGAGAUUCUUAACUUGAAAACGCGUACAAUAUUAGAUUUACCAGAACGUCUAUAUAAGGAACAUUAUAUCUCUAAAGAGUACUUAGAAAGCGUAAUGUAUAAUUACACCAUUCAAACAGUAGGGAAAGAUUUCUUAGAAAAACAAUUCGAAAUUUCUAAGCCCAUUCUUUAUUUUGUUGGCAUAACAAAACAUUAUUCGUGGCCUAAAUCAGCUGCUGUAACUGGAAUUGGAUCAGGGGAAAUUGGAUCAGAGAAUUUUAAAAACAUUCCUGUGGAUGAUGAGGCACGAAUAGAUCCUGUGGAACUUGAUAAGCUUCUUAAUGAAUGCCUUAACAAGCAGCAAGCCGUUUAUGCGGUUGUGGCCAUUAUAGGUUCAACGGAACAUGGUGCCGUUGACCCAUUAGAUAAGGUGGUAAAAUUGCGAAAAAAAUAUGAAGAGAAGGGCCUCACGUUUGUUAUUCAUGCUGAUGCUGCCUGGGGUGGUUAUUUUGCGUCAAUGCUUCAUCCUUCUGAACUCCCUAAACUUCCGGACAGGGAUUUUGUCCCUGAAUUAGCCUUGAAAGAGCAUACUAUGAAGCAAUUACGUUGCUUAAAAGACCGCGAUUCUAUUACUGUCGACCCUCAUAAAAGCGGAUAUUGCCCAUAUCCAGCUGGUGGGCUAUGCUAUAAAGAUUCUAGAAUGAGAUAUCUUAUUACCUGGAAAAGUCCAAUUGUGUUUCGAAGUGAUGAAGGCAUUGAAAGCAUUGGCGUGUAUGGUAUUGAAGGCAGUAAACCGGGUGCAGCUCCUGCCGGUGUUUCACUAUCUCACAAAGUCAUUGAAUUAAACCGAGGUGGUCAUGGUAUAUUGCUAGGUGAAGCAACAUUUUCUUGUACAAAG